GGGCUGGAACAGGAAGAAUGAGAUGGAUAUAACUCUUCCCUCUUUUUACUUGCAGUAUGCCCGUUCUGUGGAGGGAUAUGUGGGGUUUGCAAACCUUCCAAACCAAGUGUACAGGAAGUCAAUAAAACGAGGCUUUGAGUUCACCCUUCUGGUUGUGGGUGAGUCGGGUCUUGGCAAAUCAACAUUGAUCAAUUCACUCUUUCUGUCAGAACUGUAUUCUAAAGAAUACCCCGGUCCAUCACUCAGGAUCAAGAAAACUGUACAGGUUGAACAUGCAAAAGUUCAGAUCAAAGAAGGAGGAGUGCAGCUUACGUUGACCAUUGUCGACACCCCAGGGUUUGGAGAUGCGGUGGACAAUAGUAACUGUUGGCAGCCGGUUGUGAAUUACAUCGACAGCAAGUUUGAAGAUUUCCUGAACUCUGAGUCCCGAGUGAACCGGCGUCAGAUGGCAGACACACGGGUGCACUGCUGCCUAUACUUCAUUGCACCCUCAGGACAUGGCCUGAAGCCACUGGAUAUUGAAUUCAUGAAGCGUUUACAUGAGAAGGUGAAUAUUAUUCCACUCAUAGCUAAAGCAGAUACACUCACUCCUGAAGAGUGCCAGCACUUCAAAAAACAGAUUAUGAAGGAAAUCAAAGAGCAGAAGAUUAAGAUUUAUGAAUUCCCAAAUACAGAAGAGGAAGAUGAUAAUAAACCUCUUAACAAGAUUAAGGAUCGAAUACCUUUGGCAGUUGUUGGAAGCAAUCUUGUCUUUGAGGUCAGUGGGAAAAAGGUCAGAGGUCGGCAGUAUCCAUGGGGAGUGGCAGAAGUUGAAAAUGGCGACCACUGCGAUUUCUCCAUUUUACGCAACCUGCUGAUCAGGACACACAUGCAGGAUCUGAAGGAGAUCACUAACAAUGUCCACUAUGAGAACUAUCGAAGUCGGAAGCUGGCAGCUGUGACGGGUAAUGGGGUUGAUGUCAGUAAGGCAAAAGGCCGCCUUACCAGGAGCCCUCUGGCUGAGAUGGAGGAAGAGCGUCAAGAGCAUGUGGCCAAGAUGAAGAAGAUGGAGAUGGAGAUGGAACAAGUUUUUGAGAUGAAGGUCAAGGAGAAGAAGCAGAAACUGAAGGACUCAGAGCAUGAGCUGCAGCGUCGACAUGAACAGAUGAAGAAGAAUCUGGAGGCUCAGUACAAGGAACUGGAGGAGAAGAGGAAGCAGUUUGAGGAAGAGAAAACAUCCUGGGAGGCAGAGCAACGUAUACUGGAACAGCAGAAAUUGGAUGCAUCAAAAACAAUGGAGAAGAACAAGAAGAAAGGGAAGAUCUUCUGAAGACGUUUACUUUGAGUGCAAAUAUUUGAAGGCUCAUGCGUUUGGCCACACUGCAGUGUAGGGACAUUGCUUAUACCUGCUCAUCAGAUGGCUACUUAGCUUGCUGCAGGCCCAGAACUGGUGAAAAAGCAGUAAAUCUUUAUAGGAUCCUUUGCAAUGGGCCUCGUAUUGUGCAUCUUAAAAUCCUGCAAAUCCAAAGCUGUGUAGUGGUGGUGAUGCUCCUUCUACUAGCCUCCAUUGUCUGUGUUGGUAAGUGUGGAAGGCACAAAACUUCAUUUUCUGUCUGCUUGGUGUCUGAAUGCAUCCACUCACUCACACAGCCCAAGGUCUGCAGUGAGGCUCCAUCCAAUUUGUCCAUUUGAUCCUCUCCCAGUAAAAUUUUGCUGAGAGUGUUGGAGCCGAGUAGUUCCAAUGCUGUCAAUUGUAACCUACAUGGGGUCUGCAGUCUAAUUAUAGAGACAAGCCACUGUCAAGAUCACAGUGUUGAUGUUGAUUAUUCCACACAACAUAACUGAACAACUUCUGUUAGUGCUUGAAGUUGGGUAGUGUUUAGUGAGUAGGUUAAAUGUGGCCUAGAAGCUCACACAAUAAGAAUCACUUCAAGUGGAAUGGGCAGAAAAGAAUAGCUAAUUCUCUGUUUGAACUAGUGUUUUACCUGCUCAAAUGUCCCAUGGAUUAAGGAUUGGUUAGUUAUAAAGGGGAAGCUGUUUGGUCUCCUUGGUGUGGGGUACAGUGAUGCAAUGGUAUCCUUAUAUUGUGGAGUUCCCUGGGUAGGGGUGACAUCUUCUCUAAUUGGGUUGGCAAUCCGUCCUCCAUUAAGAAGCAGUUCUAGGCUGCCCUUCACUUGUCUUGGCUGCAAAUGCAUAUGUUGAUCUGUAGCCAAACAUCAACAAAUUUCACAUCCAGUCUGAAGGAGCUAAUGCUUUUCUGUCCAGACUUUAUUGGAGGCACAUAUGUUGUGGAAGCUUGCUGUGCAUCUCUGCAGCCUAUGAAUCCUGGGAAGCCCCCUAACUUCCCUUGCCGUUAUACUUACUGUGUCUAUUGAAGUGGCAGCAUUCCUACUUCUCCCUUCAGUGUUUUGCUAUUUCCGUGCCUAGUUUUGCAUGCGAAGAACCAAGUGCAGGCACUGAUUAUAUCCGAGUGCUUAUUGAUCAGUCCCAAUCAAUGUGCUAGUGAAGUUGGUGUUAUCUCGUGACUCAGCUUUAGCUGCAGACGAUAUUGAAAACCAUGAAUGACACAAGAGCCAGAAGAUUUGCAGCAUUUUUCUCUCACUGAUAUGGCAUAUGAAAAGUUGGAAAAUGUUUCUGUUCAGCCAACAAACCUCACCUCGGCUCUGCUUUGUGACUACGUCUCCACCCAAAUCAUUUUGCUGUGGUUUCUCUGCACUGGGUCAUGCCUUGACUCUCCAUCUUUGCCCCUAUUUUUUGCCUUUUUAAUAUUAUCUAUAUUUUCUGAUUUCAACUUGUCCAUAUCUGCUUCUCUCGCUGCACUGGUUGCCUCCUUAUCAUUGUUGGUACAUCAGCCCUGGGAUGGGUACCUCUAACCUUUGUGCUAUUUCAUGCAUGCUCUGCAUUGGGGUCGCUCUGUAUCUGUUUCAGUGUUGGGAACAGGGACCUCCUUUCUUUACUUCCUGCUCUGGGUCUCUCACCAAUACCCUCACCUAUUCACCACCUCCUGGCAAUGGUUUUCAUUGUCUGUACCAUGGUUCUUUUGAUUUUAGCUGACUGGGCAGCAAGCUCUCCCUUUGUGGUACACUCUGCUGUGUGAAGUGCCAUAGUCCCUUGCAUUGUCUGCCAAUAUUCCAGUGCUGCACUAUAAUGAACUACUAGGGAGAGUGGAGGAAGAGAUGGGGUCAUACUCAGGAAGGAGUCCUGGAGCAGACAAGUUGAAUAGGGAUGCAUGUAUUAUUACAUGUAUUAUUUUUGUUUAAGAAAUAAGCUUUACCUAAUGUUUUAUUGUUAUCACUACCACAUAGUAUAAAUAUAAAAUAAAUAGUAACCUCUGGUAUUAUGCA